AUGCCGAUCGGUUUGAGAGGAGCCAAGAGACGUGGGGCCGGUCCUACCGAGCAGGAGAUGGUAUCCCUAGUUGAUAAGAAGGACACAGCCAAGAGCAAACCAAAGAAUAAAACAGCCUUUCCGGCACUAAAUCGAGUGCUCCCUAAAGGGGGUGGAGCUUUAGAUGAAUUGAAAGUAUCCCUCUUGGAUGGAGGCAAUCCAUCAGCAGGCGGAGGAGCCGGUGUGAAGGCCAAAAGCAUUCCAUGGGACCGGAAACGUAUUGGGAGAUAUGCUGCACUUGGACUUGCCUCGGCGAUUGUCACAUUUCUCUUUUUCAAUCGACAGCGAGAUGUCCAUUGGGAAAAUUUUACCAAGAUGCUCAAUCCAACUGCCACUGGAGACAAGAAAUGUUUUUAUCUGAACAAAGGUCACAAAGAAGGAACUGAACCAUGUAAUUGCCCCGAUCCGACCACAGCUCAAAAAAAGACAGGUCCUCUUGCAGAACAAUGGAAUCGGCAUCACGAUGACAUGGUAUCGAUUGCCAAGAGAUUGGAUCCAAACCUAGACAUUGUGUUUUUGGGUGACUCGAUCAUUGAACGAUUCAGUGGAACUGCCGGAAUGGGAGCACAGGGUGUUACGGGUCACAAAGCUGCUUUUGAUCGGCGCUUUUCGAAGAGUGCUGGAGGAAGAAUGGAAGGCAAAGCUUUUGGCACAGAGCAAGAUGAUGGUCCAAACUUGCUGUGGCACAUAAAGAAUGGAUUGAUUGACAAUCUAAAACCCAAAAUUUGGUUCAUAAUGAUUGGAAACUAUGAUCUCUUCGAAUCCAAAUGCAAUGAAGAUUUUGUGGUUGCCAGUAUCAUGAACGUUGUGAAAGUCGUCAGUGAAAAAUCACCCGAAUCUCUUUUUGUCAUUCACGGAAUCAUGCCUCGUUUGGACAAUCCAAAAGUCAAGGGAACGUACUUGGGCAAGAUUUGGAAGCAGGCAAAAGGUGUCAAUAACAAGCUCAGACGAUUCUGCAGGAAGUACCACAACUUCUAUUACAUACAAGGAGGAGAGCUAAUGUUGGUACCAUCUAAGAUUACUGGAAGAGCUCAAAUUGACCCAAAGAUGAUUGACGAUGGUGUACAUCCGACACUGGAAGGAUUCGAAAAGUGGGCAGAUUUUGUGGUGGAGCGACUCCAAAAGGUAUUGGAAGACUUUGAAAAGUUCAAGGCAAAGCUGGAAAAGAAGAAGGGGUAA